CUUCGCACGCACCCCACCAGCCUAAUCCCCCCCCGCGGGCGGGCAGAUAACGGUCGCGGCACGGAAAGGGCGAGAGAGGAGGAGAGCGCUAGUCCAAGAGGCGCGGAGCAGGAGCGGACACAUGGCGGAGGAAGGGGAGGAGGCGGUGCCGCCGGCGGCGGCGACGGUGGUGGGGGAGGAGGACGCGCCGGCCGGGGAGGCGCCGGCGCCGGCCGUGGACUACUUUGGGCUGCCCGCUGAGCUGGUGUCCGUGCUGCCAUCAGACCCGUUCGCGCAGCUGGACGUGGCGCGCAGGAUCACCUCCAUCGCGCUCUCGCACCGCCUCGGCCUCCUCGAGGCCGAGGCGGCGCGCCUGCGCUCGCAGCUCGCCGAGCGCGACGCCGAGGCCGAGGACCUCCGGGAGCGCGUCGAGCAGCUCGACGCCGCGCUCGCCGUCGCCACCGGCCGCCUCCGCCGCGCCGAGGAGGAAAAGGAGGCACUGCAGCGGGACAACUCUGCGCUGUCCAACACCGUUACCAAGUUGAACAGAGAUGUCGCCAAGUUGGAAGUUUUCAGAAAGACACUUGUGCAGUCACUCCAGGAAGAUGACAGCAGUGAUAAUACUGUUCCCGGGGCAAGAGUUGCAGCAACUUCAAAUUUCUCCUCUGCACCAUCAGAUGAAGAUUCUGCAUUUCCAACUUCCAAAUCAUCACAGAUUUCAGAAACUGCGAGUUCAGUUUCAGAGGAAAAUAGCCAAGUUGACCCAGAUGGACCUAGGCCACCCCGUCCUGGACGUCCACAUGUAUUUUUGCCGUCAUACAACAGCACACCAAGGAUGACUCCCCCAGGCUCACCUCCAAGGCGUUAUGCAUCGGUAUCACCGCCAAGGCGACAUUCAAUCUCUGUUACAUCGAUGAAUAUGUUGAAUGACAGGUCCUCAGGCUUUUCUGGUCAGCAUACCUCUCCAUUUGACGCUCCAAGUCAAACAGGACGAACAAGAGUUGAUGGAAAGGAGUUCUUUCGUAAUGUCAGAAAUCGAUUAUCAUAUGAGCAGUUUGGUGCAUUCCUGACUAAUGUGAAGGAGCUGAACGCACACAGGCAGACCAGAGAGGAUACCUUAAGAAAGGCCGAUGAAAUCUUCGGUCCUGAAAACAAGGACCUGUACACCAUUUUUGAGAGCCUGAUAACUCGCAAUAUUCGCUAGUCUUCUGAAGGGUUGAAACAUUACCCAUGAUUACUAGUGAUUCAAGUUUUACCAGUAUACUGUGAUUAUGAUAUUCAUCACUAUUUUAAUUUGAAGUCUGUAGUCUGUUGUGGAUUCUUGGUAUCUAGUUCUAUAGUUACUUAUGUCCAUGUAGUGUCCCACGUUUGUCUGGAAGCUACAAUUUAUAUUCUAAUACAAGUGGAGGAAAUAUUGGAAUAAAGGGAAAUAUGUUAUUUGUCUGA